AUGGGAAAAUAUCUCUGGAACAUGUCUAAAGCUGAGACUGCACCCCCUCCCAGGUCACUUAAAGAGCUGCAAAAGAAAGGCCCUCCUAAGAUCCUGCAAGAGCUCAGAGAUGUGGUCCUUGUUGAAGGCAGCGCAGCAAAGCUGAAGUGUAGUGUUAGCACUUUCCCAGACCCUUUCAUUGUCUGGUACAAGGAUGGCAAAGAACUGAAGGAUGGUCCCAAGUACUGCUAUGUUUUUGAAGACCCUGAUGUAUUGGCACUUGUGGUCCGAGAUGGAGUUCUAGCAGAUUUGGGAAAGUACACCGUUACUAUAAAGAAUCCAUUUGGAAAGAAAUCUGGAUCUGCCUGUGGAAGUUAAUCUCUCACAGUCCCUGCUAAGAAUUCUAAAGACCCAGAUAACAUUAAGCCCAAGAGAGGGACAACAGUGGUACUCAAGGCUGAAAUAAGCAGACAGCCUCCUCCAGUCGUUGCCUGGCUCAAAGAUGGAGAUGACAUUGAUGAAGAUAACAGGGUGUUCUUUGACGUUGGCGACACCAACACAAUGUUGACCAUCAAAAAUGCAAAACUGUCAGACACUGGAAAGCAUGAAGUUUUUGUGGAGAACAAUCUGGGCACAGACCAGUCUUUAGCAUGAGUGGACAUCCUCUGA